AGGUACCGAGGCGGCCUCUCGGGAUGGUCCUCCCCGCUGCUGUUCUCGACGAAGUCUUUAGCUCUCCCGACGUGGCUCAUCGUCAUCAUUGUCAUUGUGGCUAUUGCGGUCACUGUUGUGGUCCUCGUCGCCGGCGUCUACAGUAGGAGGUUUGUGUACCAAAGUCACUGCGGUCACUAUGUUCUGUAGUCUCUUUUUUCGUCCUAAAGAUGCAUAAAUUAGCCCGUUUAUGCAAGUUAAUGAUGUCCGCAUUUCGAAAAAAAUUAAGUGUUAUAGGGUUUUAUAUCGAAAAGAUACCCUGCUGAAAAUUUGCAGGUUGUGGUUGGUUAAAAUUUGAUUAAAUAUUAUCGUUUAAAAGCAGAGAAUGUUCUAAGACAAGAUCAUGGUUUUCGUAAAGCUAGACGAACAUGAUCUAGGUUUACCAUCAAUGUAAGUACUACCUAUUUAAAUGGAUUAUCUCAGGUUUCACAAUGGGAGUCCAAAUAUCUAAUUUUGUUAGAUGUGUAUUGGCGACACGUAUAUUUACGAUCCUAUCUAAAGACAAAAGCCAUUGUUUCCUGCACUCCCUCGACAAAUCCUUUAUGAGCUGUUCCUCGAGAGGUGCCUGACGACAUCAGCCCAGUCACAAAUUACCGAGGGCAAAUUUCAUCCAAUCAAUGAAGUGUUCUUCCUCGAAAACAUUUUCCCAACGACAGGAGAAUCGAAGAUAUAGUGCGAGAAGUUCGGAGGGAGAUUCAUCUACCCGAAGGCCUGGGUGAUCAUCACUUUCACAGUGGAAAAGCAAGCGAGUAUUACCAGAUAGAUGCCGACGUGCCUCUUCAGCCAGUCGACGUGGGCGACAGUCGGUCCAACAAGAAUGUAUAUGCAGUGUCAUCGCAGGUGCUGCCAGUCGACAAGAUGCAUCUUCAGUCGCCAUCCUCCGGAGACCGAAGUCGUGCGAAGAACAACGCUGAAGAAAAAAAACUGUUUGCCCAAAAUGGCUACGUUCUUCCUAUGUUCACUACCGACGUCAGCGAAGAUGGCCAAAGUGGUGUUCACGAAACUAAGUAUAUCCCCUGUAUUCACUUCUCUUCCUUCUGGUUAUGUUGAGAAUUCUUAUGGAUUGACAGACCCCAAUCCUAGCACCAGUGGCGACUGGUCUUCUGUUCAAAUACUCCGAAAAGCUAAGUCUUCAGCAAGCUAUGUAGCAAUCGAACCUCAUAAUUCAGAUGUUUGCAAAAGUCCAAGCAUGAAUAUAAAUACGGAUGAAGAGGAAAAUACUCAUACACGAAAAUGUCAAGGUUCAGAAGGGAUCAUGGACAAGGAUGAACGUGGAGUAUCUCCCGGCUAUGUUGUUUUUCCGACAAAAACAUCACGUGAUUCAGGAGUGGUCAUGGGUAGGGGUGACCAGGGAAAAUCGUCUAUAGGUUAUGCUUCUCUUCAGGUAUUUGGUUUGGAUACACAAAUUUUCCAAAGCCUAAAAGAGAAUACUGAUAGAGAUGGAAAAGGAAUAUCUACUAAAUUUGUAGCUUUUCCAGCUGCAGACUUUACUACACGAACCCCCCAUGGUUUAAGAGAAAACAAUGUUAGAGAUGAACAAGGAAGAUCCUCUGGCUAUAAAGUCUUUCCAGCAGCCAACUUUGUUAUGCAAACUUCCAGUGGUUCAGGAGAGAAAAGUGUUAGAGAUGAACUAGGAAGAUCCUCUGGCUAUAUGACAUUUCCAGCGGCAAACUUUGUUAUGCAAACUUCCAAUGGUUCAGGAGAGAAUAGUGUUAAAGAUGAACAAGAAAAAUCUACAGGCUAUGUAUCUUUUCCACCCACUGAUUUUCGCUAUAUAACACUUCCAGCAGCCAACUUUGUUAUGCAAACUUCCAGUGGUUCAGGAGAGAACAAUGUUAGAGAUGAACAAGGAAGAUCCUCUGGCUAUAUAGCCUUUCCAGCAGCAAACUUUGUUAUGCAAACUUCCAGUGGUUCAGGAGAGAACAAUGUUAGAGAUGAACAAGGAAGAUCCUCUGGCUAUAUAGCCUUUCCAGCAGUAAACUUUGUUAUGCAAACUUCCAGUGGUUCAGGAGAGAACAAUGUUAGAGAUGAACAAGGAAGAUCCUCUGGCUAUAUAGCCUUUCCAGCAGCAAACUUUGUUAUGCAAACUUCCAGUGGUUCAGGAGAGAACAAUGUUAGAGAUGAACAAGGAAGAUCCUCUGGCUAUAUAACAUAUCCAGCAGCAAGCUUUGUUAUGCAAACUUCCAAUGGUUCUGGAGAGAACAAUGUUAAAGAGGAACAAGAAAAAUCUACAGGCUAUGUAUCUUUUCCACCGACUGAUUUUCGCGAAAUAUCCAUCAACAAUUUCCCAUUCCCAAGCUACGUAGCUCUUCCACCAGUGGGAUUUGGUCCGUACAAUCCUCAGAGUUCUAUUGGCCUGGGGCAGAUAAACAGACUUGCAGCAGAAUCAAAGACACAUUCAAAACAAGAAGCAAACAAACGAGAUUUAAGUGUAAAGACUGGAGCUUAUGUGGCGAUGGAUUAUUUUAAAGUACAAAGCUUAAAGGGGGAAACAGACGCCAGGCUUUCUCCAGCUUUAUGUCUCCCUUGAUGACACUGUAAAUGAAAUUACUUAGUUGAAUCAUUAUUUUUCAUCAUAUUGUACAGUGUUGUUCGGCGAUGCUGGGUCAUAUUUAAAUUUGCGGUUCCCUGUCCAUGAAAUACUUCUUACUGAAUUUCGACCCAAAUCCUGUGUUUACUUUUUUUGUACAUAAACAGAGCCAUAUGCCUUGAAAGAUAUUUUAUAGUGCAAAUUAAGAAUUCACAAAUAUAAAAGGUAUUUGAAUAAGCAUUUACUGAUAUUGGAGUUGCACAAGGGGCGUCUCUGCUCUAAACAAACAGGAAACGUGAAUCUAACGUCACACAAAUCUUAGUCAGAAAGUCUGAAAAUUCUCAUUGACUGAGGCUCCUGAAAAGGGCAGAUAGAGAGGCAGAGACAAGGAGAAAUACGGAUGGGGAUCAUUUAUGUUGAUGUGGUAAUGAUGAUAAUGUUUGUGAUGCUGAUCGCUAAGAAUGUAAGUUGUUAUUCUAUUAUUGAAUAUCGUAUACUCAUUUUAUUUCAACUUUUAUGUGUACAUUCAUACUAGAAACGAUGAAUUCAGACUAAUUCAGGGUAGUUCAGCUACGGGCCAAUUGUGUCCCCAGGAUUGAUGUACACAGAGCAUUGCAAUAUCUACUGCUGCAAGGUUGUGUAUGUGAAAUAACACCGAAUUAUUAGAUAGGUGCGAUGGAAUACACCACACGCAUGCAAAAUAAUUUAUAGUCCUCGAUUCAAGUCGAAGAAAUUUAACUACUUUAACCUAGAUUAUAAAUUCCAGAUUAUAGGUCAUGUAUUUUAAGCAAAGAUUUGUCGUGAGCCUUCUAAUGAUUAUUCUUUUAUAAUCUACGAUUCAUAAUCACAUGAUACUCUGAUACUCUGUCGAUCUGUACUUUUUAUAUGUUAAGUAAACAGUAAUUAUCAUGUAACUUGAGGAGUUUUAAUCUGUAUGAUUUUAUUCAUUUUUGCUGGAUCAAAGUAGAUCAGCAAAUUUGAACUGUAAAGAUCUUUCUUGAAGCUUUAAAGAUUAUUUGAAAAUGAAUGUUUUAUCAGUUGUUACUAAAUGAUCUGUUUUUUUGUUGUUGUUUUUCCUUUUUGAUUUGCUAUAAGAAGUAAUAAUUUCCUCUCUUUUAUUCCCCAUCUAUAUGUUCAUUGUAGUCAUCUCUUUAGUGUAAAUGUUAGAAAUUUUAACGUGUGAUUUUUUUAUUUUUUUUUUCACGUGGGUGUAUAAUGUCGUAUAUAUAAAGAAGCAAAAGUCUAGUCUACAAAUUCCAGCUGAAUAUCCCUUAUAUAACAACAGGAGGACGUUUUCCAAUGUGUUUUUUUUUUUUUUCUGAGGCUGGCUUCCUGUUAGCCUUCUUGAUACUUUCAUCUUUCGUUUCUUUUGCUUCUCAUUGAACAUUCCUGUUCUUGUAUUUAUUUUUGGUGCACUUUAUCGGAUUAUUUUGAUAUAAAUGAUGACAGGUAAUAAAAUUUUCAUUCUUGU